CUCACAAUACAUUUUGAUCAGAUUAUGGUUAAUGUGGGGACUCAUUUUGACCAAGAGAGCAGCGUCUUCAUGGCUCCACGCAGAGGGGUGUACAGCUUCAGCUUCCACGUUGUGAAGGCCUACAACAGGCAAACAAUUCAGGUCAGCCUGAUGGUGAACGGCUGGCCCAUGAUUUCAGCGUUUGCAGGGGACCAAGAUGUGACCAGGGAAGCUGCCACCAAUGCGGGGCUGGUGAUCAUGGAGAAGGGGGACAAGGCUUACCUCAGACUGGAGAGGGGCAACCUGAUGGGAGGCUGGAAGUACUCCACCUUCUCUGGUUUUCUGGUCUUCCCUUUGUGA